AAGUUAGUCCUCGUCGCUGGAAUACACCGUAGGAAGCCAUGUUAGCGAUUAGUUGUGCUUGUAAAAAUAGCAAUUGGACAUGUAGCUUUUGCGGCUAGGUGGAGAAACAAAUAUCGUAGGCAGCUGUGUCAGUAAUAUUAUCAAACAUGGCUACGUGAUUGUCGUUUGUCGGGACACAUUCUGGAUGCGGCGUAGCGCUGGUGGCAGCUAUACCGUGGUCGGUCUGGAGGAGAAGGGCUCCAGCCUCUGUGAUGGACACCUGGACGCCGAAUCCUCGAGCCAAGCCUUUCAUACCCCGGCAACAGAGAAGCCUCUACCUCACCUGGAAGUACAAACUCACCAACAAGCGAGCGAUCCGUAGGUUGUGUCAGGCUGGAGCAGUGCUGUUCUUGCUGGUGACGGUGAUCGUUAAUAUCAAACUCAUAUUGGAUACGAGAAGAGUUGCCAAUGAGGAAGAGGCUGCACAAGAUUAUGAUGAAGCCCUGCCCAACAUGGAGACCCCCCGCAGACCGCAGAGUGGCAGGAAAGUUCUGGACAUUGAGGUGUACUCCAGCCGCUCCAAGGUCUAUGUGGCAGUUGAUGGGACCACUGUGCUGGAAGAUGAGAUGCGAGAGCAGGGAAGAGGAAUUCACGUAAUAGUUCUCAAUCAGGCAACUGGCCAUGUAAUGGCUAAGCGAGUGUUUGACACCUACUCCCCCCAUGAAGAUGAAGCCAUGAUCCUCUUCCUCAACAUGGUGACCCGUGGCAGAGUGCUCAUCUUCACCAUAAAGGAUGAAGGCACCUUCCACCUGAAAGAUGCUGCAAAGAACCUGCUGAAGGGCUUGGGGAGCCAGGUGUCUUUGUCGCUGAGCUGGAGAGACACAUGGGCCCUGGUGGUGAAGAAAGGAGGCCAAGUGUAUGGAGAAAAGCACUCAAAAUCUCCCGCUCUUUCCACGUGGGGUGACCCUGUGCUGCUGAAGACUGAGGUGCAGCUGACAGCGUCUGAAGAGGCAGAGUGCCAUUGGGCCGACACAGAACUGAACCGGAGGCGGAAGCUGUUCUGCAGUAAAGUCGAGGGCUAUGGCAGCAUUUGCAGCUGCAAGGACCCUGCCCCUAUUGAGUUCAACCCUGAUCCUUUGAAGGACAAUAAUGUCUACAAUGUUCCUGUGGCUGUAAUAGCAGGAAACAGACCUAAUUACCUUUACAGGAUGUUGCGCUCUCUGCUCUCCGCACACGGGGUCAAUCCGCAGAUGAUCACAGUCUUCAUCGACGGAUAUUAUGAGGAGCCGAUGGAUGUGGUGGAGCUUUUUGGGCUGAAGGGGGUCCAGCACACUCCCAUCAGCAUUAAGAACGCCAGAGUGUCCCAGCACUACAAAGCCAGUCUGACUGCAACCUUCAAUCUGCAUCCAGAUGCCAACUUCGCCAUUGUCUUAGAAGAGGACCUGGAUAUCUCAAUUGAUUUCUUCAGCUUUCUGAGUCAGACCAUCCAUCUGCUGAAUGAAGAUGACAGCCUGUACUGCAUCUCUGCCUGGAACGAUCAGGGAUAUGAGCACACGGCAGAGGACCCCUCUCUGCUGUACCGAGUGGAGAGCAUGCCAGGCCUGGGCUGGGUGCUGAAGAAGAGCCUCUACAAGGACGAGCUGGAGCCCAAGUGGCCCACGCCAGAGAAGCUCUGGGACUGGGACAUGUGGAUGCGGAUGCCGGAGCAGAGGAAAGGCAGAGAGUGCAUCAUUCCUGACGUCUCUCGCUCCUACCACUUCGGCAUUAUUGGGCUUAACAUGAAUGGCUACUUCCAUGAAGUCUAUUUCAAGAAGCAUAAGUUCAAUACCGUUCCAAAUGUUCAGCUGAAGAAUGUGGACAGUUUGAAGAAGGAUGCUUAUGAGGUGGAGAUCCAGAACCUGCUGAAGGAGGCAGAGCUGCUGGACCACACUAAAAACCCCUGUGAGGACUCUUUUAUCUCGGACUCAGAAGGCAAGAUCUACGUCAUGUACAUAAAGAUGGAGCAGGAGACAGACACUGCCACCUGGACUGAGCUUGCCAAGUGCCUGCAUGUGUGGGACUUGGAUGUACGUGGGAACCACAAGGGGCUGUGGCGUCUCUUCAGGAAGAGAAACCAAGUGCUGGUGGUUGCAGUCCCGGUUUCUCCAUACUCUGUGAAGAAGCCUGCGUUCGUGACUCCCAUCCAUUUGGAGCCUCCUCCCAAGGAGGAAGGAGCGCCCGUGGAGCAGACGUAGCGCUGGCCCGCCCGGCGGCGCCCGUGACCAGAACCGCUCGCAGCCUUCGUUGGAGCGCUAACCCCGGCCGCUGGGAGCCACAAAGAGAGCUUUAAAUGGGACUUUCAGGAGGGGAGGAUGGGCGAGGACGACCGCGGGGAAGGAUAAACCGAAAACAAUUCUCCAUACCCUCCACUUUUCAUUGAAUCCUGAAGCAGCCCCGUCACACUAAUGAACAGAGCAGCUAGCUAGCCUCCCGACUCGGCUCAUACCAGCCCUUCUUACUCUAAAUGAAUCUCUCAGGCUUAGACGUUCCACGUGUGCUCGCUCACUGUUGUCCGUGUGGAUGCUGUUUGAAGGGAUUGGUUAAAAUGUACUGAAUUCGAAACGUAGCCAUGACAACGCACCAUAGUAACUGGGGCAUCUUCGGAUGAGUGAUUUACUUUUAAGCAGAAAGACUGAAUUGGAGGGUAGAGUUGGGGUUUAUUCCAAAGGGAAACACUUGAAACCUUUGUUCCACGCUUGGUUGUGGGUACGUGUGAGGUGUGGCUAUUCAGAAAACUCACACAGUCAGAGCAUAUACAUUUCAAACUACUGAGUACUUUAUCUUGUACAUACAUUUUAACUUAUGCCUAUUUAUUUAACAUUCGGUAUAUCAGCAAAUAAGUGUUUCUAUUUAAUCAGCCUAUUCAAAAACACAUUACAAAUGCCCCAUUUUUUGGCAUUAUUUACGUUUAGCAUCACUUGGUAGAAUUGUGGUUUUCUAUUUUCAUAUGUAAGGUACAGGUGAGACAAGGACAAAUAUGUAAGACUAAUACUUGAAAACACUACAUAAUCUGACUGCUCAUAUCAAUCACUACACUGACCUGUGUGACAUAUGAAUUUUAUUAUUUUGACUGAAUAAAAGGUACUCUAUAAAGCAUAUUUCAAAGGGCCUUUAUACUGUGUUGUUUUCCUGGAUGUGUGAUCAAAUAGAUUUUAAGCUACUGUUGUUGAAAGCUGUGGAAUAUUAGGAGAAACAUGUUAAUUGCAUUUGUGUAAAAUCAUUUUAAGUUUAAUUUCAAAUGUGUAUCUAAAAGGAGGUUAAAAUGCAGUUUUGUAUACAGUAAUUCAGUCUCCUGUGGAUGCUAAGGAAAAAAACACUAUCGGGCCUGUUAACCUUUGACAGUAUUACCACUAGUUUAUUUCAUAUUAUUUUGCAUUAUCAAAUGAAGCACAGUGACAUGAGUGCAAUGCACAGCAACCAGCUCCACGCAUUAUCAAUGGCAGAUCAUUUCUCUCCAGUACAAAACUGAAAGUGUGGCUAUUUUUGUGUGGGAACUGUACUGUAAAGGACAUUAUGACUUCAUGGCAUUAUCAUUGGUUUGAUAACUGUCCCUUUGUCCAUUUAUUCAGGUUCCCAUAAGUUUGACAAUUUCAGUGUGGUUAUAACCUUUUUUUUUUGCUUUGACUUCACUGAAUAAAAACCUUUUUUUUUUUUAA